AUGUCUUUUGAUGUCACAUCCGCAUUAGCGGCCAGAAUCAGCGAGAUUUCCAAGCUGGUGCACUUUGACAUUCUUCCAGAUCCUCAGGUUUGGUUGUUCCCCACGUUCAAACCGCCGUUACCAUGUCCAUUCGCCUCCGAAUUUCUCACAUCCUUCUAUUUCUACACCCUCCGAGGCAUGGUUCCGGUGGUGUUUGCAAUGGUGUACUUCAGCUCGGUUCAUCUGUUGAACAAUCUAAUAGUCAAGAGACAGAAAACACUAGGAGUGAAAGUGGCCCCUUUUGCUAUAACAAAGACCAGGGGCUUCAAGUUGUUUGUUCUCGCUCACAAUAUUGGGCUCUGUGCUUAUUCGUUGUGGACGCUUGUUGGAAUGACCAGUACCAUGUACAAAGUGUAUCUCAACUUUAAGGAAGGGCUCGGCAACUUCAAGCAUUUCAACCGUGGCGAGAUCUUCUGGGAGGCUGUCUGUGAUAUCGACAAGGGAAUCUGGUUCAACAAUGCCGAGCAAAACAUUAAGGGAUUGGGUUUCUACGCUUUCUGGUUCUACAUCUCGAAAUUCUACGAGAUAGUGGACACCAUCAUCAUCUUGCUCAAGGGCAAAGAGGCCAGUUUGUUGCAGAGUUAUCACCACUCGGGCGCGAUGCUUUCAAUGUGGUCAGGAGUAAGAUUGGCCUCUCCUCCUAUCUGGAUUUUUGUUUGUUUCAACUCCUUCAUUCACAGUGUGAUGUACUUCUACUUUACACUAUCGUGUUUGCAUGUAAGAGUGCCCAAGUUUGCCAAACAGAUUUUGACCUCUCUCCAAAUCUUUCAAUUCAUCUUCGGUGGCUCUUUGGCAGUGGUGCAUCUCUUCUUGAAGUACUUCGACACUCAUGAGCUCGUUUUCAGAUCCUGCAUUGCCAACUCGGAUCAGGCUCUGGCCAUCUGGAUCAACGUUAUCUACCUCACUCCCCUCACGAUGCUGUUCGCUGCAUUCUGGAUUAAUAGUUAUGCCAAGAAGCCCGCUCCAAAGCUGGCUGCUAAGUCCAAAAAGAUCAACUAA